AGCAACCUGAACUGCGGCGCUCCUCGGUUGGUUUAACUUUUCCGAUAAAAGGCACCAGUACGACGUUUCUAAGAUGAAUAAACAACCUUCCACUACUGGUAAGUCAGAGCAGGUUCAGCUCAGACCUGUCUCUGCUCCAUCAACGUCCGCAGACGACCUUUUGGCCCAGGAAGAACGCUACAGACUCAUGAAUGCAGAGUUGGAGACCAAGACAACAGAAAUAGUGAAACAAGCACAACAGCUUCUGAGCGAUCAGAAUGAAGCUCUAUCAAAACUCUUGCCAGUCCUGCACUCAAAUAUUACAUGCAUUGAGGAUACCAGCUUGUUUUUGGACUACAUGACAACAAAGUUACAACCAUGCACUGUGCAAGAUCCUGGAGUGAAGGGAAGGUCCAAGAAAAAAAUGACAUCAACAGCGCAAAGUCUGAACACUAAAGAACAAGUAAAGAAGUUUCAAUGUAAAAGAGCAACAUCAAAUGAGUCUGCUGAAGCAAAAGUAGAGGAUGCAAUGGAUCCUGUUUUGGAUGAAGCUGAAGACAAUACAGAAACUGAUGUCUUGGAUGCUCAAACACAAGUUCUCAAGGCAAAAUUAAGAAUUUUGCAAGAAGAAAGGGAUCAGUUGUCAAGUAAAUAUUAUAAGAAGGAUGAUGAAAAUGCUCAGUUUAGUGCAAAAAUUAAGGAGCUUGAAGAGGAUCGAGCCAAACUACAGAAGACUGCAAGCAUCCAGCAAACACAGACUGAGAAGUACAAAACUUUAGCUGAGGAGUCUUCCAAAAAAUGUGAUGGUCUUCAGCUGCAAGUGUCUGCUUUAAACAAGGAAAUAGAAGAUCUGAAUGGAAUCCAGAAAAAAGCAGCAGCUACCCACACCACCGCGGAGGUUCGCUUGAACAGAGUUCUGGAGGAGGUGGCCAAGUUAAGAAAUGAGCUGAAGGAUACAAAACAGAUGACCAUGAUAAGCAAGGACGACGAGAGCAGAGAAAAUCUACUUGCUGAAAACAAGAUGCUUAAGAAGCAGAAAGCAGAACUCCUUGGUUGUUUCAAGAAACAGUUGAAGUUGAUCAAAAGGGACGAAGCUGACUAGCAACUGUUCCUCACAGAAGAAGAGCUCUUAACUUGGGGAAGUCAUGAAUACAGAGAUGGUCGUCAUUUCUCCAUUGGUUUGUUUGUUUCUUUGACUAAAAGGUUCCCUUUUACAUUUAAUCGAAAAUUCCAUGUGUAGUGGAGUAAAAAAACUAAACAAAAAAACUCUGGAACCCUCCCAAAAUAUAUGAAUAAAAAUAAAUGU